UCCGACAAGUUCCUACAGCGGAUCCAGCAGUUUGAGGAGCUUCACGGUCCGGCGCCUGCGAUGGAUCCGCGACGGGACGAGGGGGGGGAGGGAGAGAUGAGGGACACGGAGGAGGAGAUCGAGGUGCACGACGACGUCGAGGAGGUUGCGCGAGCGGGGUCGUCAGGGAGGGAGCGAGGGAAGGGCGUUGUCAGCGAGCCGGGGGGGCAGCAGGGCCAGUACUUUGCGUCGGCGCACGUGUCGGCUCAUACACGGGCAGGUGCGGAUACGGCUGAGGCGGGUCCGUCUGCGACGAAGAGGAAGGAGAGAGAGGAGGGGGCCAGACCGACGGCAGCACAGAAGAGGAUGAGACAGAACACGAUCACGGAGUCAUUCUCUUCAAAGUGGCAGAUGGAGUUCAAGAAGAAGUGGCUGCGGUUUGUGUACAGUCAGCGCCUGGCGUUCAACGUCUUCCGGAGCGAGCCGUGGUUGGACGUCGUCCGACACUUCAGGGAUUUGCCGGGGCCAGUGAAGGUGUUGUGGCCUUCAGACAAUGAGAUCGCGGACAUAGAGACCAUUGUCCACACGGCGGACGAUGUGGGAGCUGAUCUCGCAGAGGUCAGGGCUCCUUUCUAUGUCACGGGGGCGACCAUCAUGUCAGACGGAAGGAAGUCACGCGAUGCUAGACCCAUCGUUAACUUCCUUGCCGGCGGGUCGCGUGGGGUGAUGCUCGUCCGGACGAUGAACAGGGAGGUGUACGACAUGGAUUUCUUCGCUGAUUGGGACCAGGAGGAGGAGCGGCAAGAGCACGAGGAAGUGGUAACACUCCUGGCGUGAGACCCCCUCGUCUUCUUGCCUCCCUGUCCGCAUUUCAGCCUUGCGCCAUGCAGAACGCC